AUGUCCUUCCAGACCUUCGACUCCUUUCAGAACCAGCAUCCGGCUCCCGAAGCCGCUGCCAACGCCGCCGCUGCUCCCGCUGCAGACACUGCCAUGGCCGGUACCGAUAACGCUGCCCAGUUCCAGGCCGGAGCCCAGCAGGACCCCUCGGGCUCGCCAGGCAACCAGCAGCCGGAUGGCAAGACUACGCUCUGGAUGGGCGAGUUGGAAGGAUGGAUCGACGAAAAUUUCAUUCGCAACAUCUGGUACCAGAUGGGCGAACAGGUCAACGUCAAGAUGAUUCGCGACAAGUUCUCCGGGGCCAACGCUGGAUACUGCUUCGUCGACUUCGCGACACCCGCGGCGGCCGCCAAGGCACUGACGGUCAACGGCACUCCCAUGCCAAACACCCAGCGCCCCUUCAAGCUCAACUGGGCAUCCGGCGGUGGCCUCGCUGAUCGCAGCCGCGAGGAACGCGGGCCCGAGUUUUCCAUCUUCGUCGGCGACCUCGGCCCUGAAGUCAACGAGUACGUGCUCGUGUCUCUCUUCCAGUCGCGCUUCCCGUCCUGCAAGUCUGCCAAGAUCAUGACCGAUCCCAUCACCGGUCUCUCCCGCGGCUACGGCUUCGUCCGCUUCUCCGACGAGACCGACCAGCAGCGCGCCCUUUCCGAAAUGCAGGGCGUCUACUGCGGCAACCGUCCCAUGCGCAUCUCGACUGCUACCCCAAAGAACAAGGGUCCCGCCGGUCCUGGUGGCCCUGCUCACAUGGGCGUCCCCGGUGGUCCUCCCGGCGGCAUGUACCCUCCCUCAAUGGGCGGCGCCGGCGGUCCUCCUGGCCCCGGUGGCCCCCAGAUGGGCUACUAUGGCGCCGCGCCCCAGCCCAUGAACCAGUUCACUGAUCCCAACAACACCACCGUCUUUGUCGGCGGACUGUCUGGCUACGUCACCGAGGACGAGUUGCGCUCUUUCUUCCAGGGCUUUGGUGAAAUCACCUAUGUCAAGAUCCCCCCAGGCAAGGGCUGCGGAUUUGUCCAGUUCGUCCAGCGCCACGCCGCCGAAAUGGCCAUCAACCAGAUGCAGGGCUACCCCAUCGGCAACUCGCGCGUCCGUCUCAGCUGGGGCCGCUCCCAGAACAACUCUGGUCCUGCCGGCACUCCUUACAGACCUGCCCCUCCACCACCACUCUACCCGGCCAUGGGCAUGCCCCCAGCUCACCAGUACGGUGCCGGUUUCGCCCCCAUGAAGGCCGAUGAGAACUAA